AUGAGUGAAGAAUUAAAAGACACUUUUGAUGGUUAUUUAAUGUUUGACUUUUCUAAUUUUCAUGGUUUGAUGGCUUAAACAUUUGACAAUGAAGAGAUUGACAUUCCAAGAGUAGAGAAACAACCAAAAAGAAAAGCAUAUAACAUUCCUGGUCCUUAUCUAGAUAGUCCUCCAAUUGAAUUUGAACGUAAAAAAAUCAGUUAAGUAAGGCAGCGGUGAUUGCAGUGAAGGAAUUUUAUUUAAUGGACAACUUGGUGAAGAUGACAUUCCAGAAGUGAAUCUAGAUGAAGAUUGCUUAUCAAAUUUCAAUUAUUCCACUUCAGGGUUCAAUUUAUUAGCGAACCUAGAUUUUGAACCUGAUGAAGAUGCUUAUGAUAAUGCUAUUAAUGCUACAAGUGAACCAAACUCUUUACAUCAUCGAAAUUCUAAAAUAUCAAGAACCAAAAAAAUAUCAAUAUUUUCUCCUACCCUACAAUUUGAUGACAAUGUGGAUCAAAAAAUAUAGAUGAUAACUUUGCAGAAUAUGGAAUUAUUAAAAAAAGAAGAUCAUUAUGACAUAGAUGAUUUCUAUAAAUUUCUUACAUCCUUGGAUUUCCUCAAUGUUUCUAAUUAGAAGCAUAAUGAUGAUUUGAUGAAAGUAGAUCAAUUAUUUCAUUUGGUUUAAAUCAGAUAAUUUUUUGAUAAAAUGGUAGUGAUCUUAUUUUAAAAGACUGAUCAAUCACAUUCUAUUAGUUAUACUUCGAAACUGGACUCAUUUAAAGAGAAAAUGGAUCACUUUAUCAACUUAGUCUAAUAUAUGGUUGAUGAUGGAACAUACAGACAGAAAUCUCUGAGAGAUUAGCAUGUCUUUAAAAAAGAUUAUACUCUAACAAUGUCAGUAGCGUUUUUUAAGGGAUUAGAAAUAAUCUCUUUGUAUAAAUCAUUGUUAAUGCAAAAGAAUAUGCAAGAUAGAUUAAAAAGGGUACUUACUAUAAUAUUUAUUAUAGUAUACAACAGCAAAGAAGAAUCUACAUUCAUAUUGGAGAUUGUGGGGACUUAUUAAAGAGUUUGAGAUUUCAUUUGUUUAGAAAAAUAUUUAAAAAUCCCCCAAUCUAACAAAUUCUACUUUAGGAAAUUAAAAAGAAUCUGUUGAAUUAGCUAUUCUAGAUCCUCAUGCAAAAAUUUAGAUAGCGAGAAAUAAAGAUAAUAAUAAUAAAAUAUCAUUGUAAGGCUUCGAUAAAUAUCUGAAUAAACCUUCUUUAAAAAAUACUAAUUAUUGCUUUGCAGGAAAAUGGAAUCAGAAAAAACUCCAAACAAGUCAAUAUUCAAUCUAUUAUUAGAAUAGUUAAACAGACUAAUUGGAUUAUUGAACUAUGAUAUAUCAUUAUUACAUAAAUUAAUAUUUUCAUUUUAAAUGGCUUUUACUUUUGGCACUGCAAGUUAUUUUCUGAACAAAUCAAGUAAUAUAGAAAUUGAUUUUAAUUGUUAUUGUGGUAUGUUAACAUCAAUAACUAGAAAAGCAUGAAUUAUAGAGUAUGGUAACAGAAUGUACAAAAUUUUUUGUCCGUAAAGCUAACAUCUAACCUUAAAUAGCCUUUUAGGAAUUGUAUAAAUAUUUUAUAAUAUCAAAAUGAGUGUUUAAUGUUACAUUAAAGGAGAAACAGUGUUACUAAGACCUUAUCAAUAAAUUUGUAAUUCAAAAAUGAAUCGAUUAGUGUUUGUGAUAAACUUCAAUAAAGUACGCUUCCAAAACCUAAAACAAUUAGAUUUUUGAAAGUUUCGAAGACAAGUCAGGAUUUGAUUAUUUCUAACUAACAAAAUUAUUAUGUUCAGACUUUCCUAGAGAUAUAGUUGUUAGUUCACUCUCCUUGUAUGCAAAUCUUGAUGAAGUAAUUUAUUGUUUUAUUAUGAAGGAAUUGCUUUUCAAGAAAACAUUCACUUUACUCUAAUUUUGUAAAGCUCUUUUGUUUGAAUUAUUAUUUGAAAACAUUCUUCAAGAAUUAAAUACAAAAUUGAAUAAUAAUGGAAUUAUUGAUAGUAUUUUACCAAUUUUGAAAAAAUACUAUCCUAAUAAUGAUGAAUAAUUAUAUUUGCCGAAUCCAGCUGCAAUUUUUGAAUGUUUAAUGAAAUUUAGCAAUGAGAAAAAUAAAGCAUGCUUACAUCCAAUAUUGCCAUUUACAGUGGACAUGUUUUCAAGUAUUCUGUUGUUUAAAAUUUUAGCCCAGUAUUUAAAUGGAGGGAUCGUUGAAUUUAGUAGCCUAAAAUAACAACUAUUUAAGAAUACAAAAGUUGAUGUUCAACUUACAAAAUUGAUUAAUUUAAUUGAAAACUCCAAUUAAAGAAUAUAGGAUUGCUCAAGAUUAGAUGAGGAUGAAAACAAGAAGAAAAAACAAAAAUGAG